CGCACCUUCGUCGGUGCAUGUGACAGUCCUCCUCCUCCUCCUCCUCCUCCUCUGCCUCCUUCUCCUUGUGUCUCUCUCGCGGCCACAUCUCUUCAUUUUCCCGUCUGCUCCGGCUUUUGUUUUUUUGCGCACAUCUCUUCAUCUCCUGACCGUUGCUUCUCCGUUUUGUUUUAAAUUCCUCCUUUUCGACAUGUUUCUCACGUGAUGCCCGCUAACUCGCAGAGAAACCCGUGGAUGCCGAGUUAGGAGAUUUAAAAAAAAAAAAAAGAAAGAAAGAAGGCAAAUGCUCUGUCGGGGAAUAAUAGAAACAACUACGCACGUUUGCGUCCCUCGUUGAGCGCGUUGUGUUGGACGAAGCCACAUCAUGGAUCUGUCAUUCAUGGCUGCGCAGAUCCCGGUCAUGACGGGAGCCUUCAUGGACUCCUCGCCCAUUGACGACUACAGCGGCGAGCACUCGCUCUUCAACUCCUCGGCCAGUGUCCACGCCGCUGCCUGUGCCGGCUCGGUACACGGCCAGCAGGAUGAGUCGCAGUCCAUGUCCAGCGACGCCAUCUGGCUAUGGAUCGCCAUCAUCGCCACCAUCGGAAACAUUGUGGUGGUCGGGAUUGUCUACGCCUGCACUUUCUGAUGAAUAUAUGCUUAUGAAGACAAACACGCACACACACACACACGCAGACACACACACAUCCUGAGUUCUGUAGAACUCUGGGCUGCGUAGACAGACUCUCUGACUCUCUCUCUCUCUCUCCCCCUCUGUCUCUCGCUCUCUUGCACUUCUGGAUCAGUUUGAGCCGCUAAUGGUUCGGAAGCAGUGAUGGCAGACAACGAAACAUUGGCUGCUGUACUUCUUUAUCAGAGGGAUCAUUUUUGGAUAAUUCAACUGGCAGUUUGAACAGUAGUGUUUGUGUUCCCCGGCUCUUUAGUUAAAAACAGAAACGUCCGACGUGCACUCUCUACCAGGAAUAAAAAAAACAUGUUUUUUUUCUUUGCAGCUAAGUUUGUUUCCAUGUUUCCCCUCUGACAAGACGCUCAUUAUCAUGCAAAGAUGAGGAUGGAGAUUAAAUGGGGCUUGAUAUUCAGGUUGAUUCAGGGCAUCUUAAACAUCCACCAGAUAGCUGCAAUUUAGAGCAGUGCUGUUUAAUUAUGCGGCUAAACAGAAAUGGUUUUAAAACAUUUAUAAAGUGGAGGUAUUCUUUUCAUGCCCGGCAGCCCUGAGGCCCUGAACGUUAGAGCUCAUUUAGGGACGAAUUUGUGAAUGAAACACGGCGAUCAUCAUUGUAUAUAGCAUCUAAACUGAAACUAAACUAAAAAGAACCUGGUAUAAAAUUUCAUGAAAAUUAUUUCAGCUAUGUUAAUUCAUUGAUAUGCAAUGGAUGACGUUUUGAUUAGGUAAGUGGUGUAAAACUAAGUUAACUUCUUUGAAAUGGAUGUUCUUACUGUCAAAUACGUAUAGUAAUAUUCACCAUGACUUUUAAGAAAUUCUAAUUGUAAUGUUAUUGUCUGUUGAGUUGUUUAGAAAUGAUCUACAGAUUUUAACAAAGUACAAUCCAAAACACAAAUUACAUCUUUACUGACUGCACCUAAUUGUUUUUUUUCUGAAAGUACAGCUUGUUAAAGUAUUUCUUAUCACUCAGAAUUAAUACUGUCAACAGGGCAGAGCAUAUUGGAAAUGUGGUAAAUGUAUCAAAAUUAAACACUUAUCGCAUUCGUAGUGAACUUUGUGAUAAAUAUAUGCCAAUGUCAAGAGGGAGAGGAUGCCUCAUUUUGAAAUGAUAUAAAGUAAUUUAUCGAUCUCUACAUUUUUUUAGUAAAUUAGGUUUGACGCGCUAGGGAUUCUGGAGGCACCUGUCUCCAUGGCAACUAAUCAUUGAUCUAAUUGGAUGCAACAACAUUACUCUGAGACUCAAAAAUCUAUCAACGGUCACAAAUGCAAUUUGUGCUCUUUAUUUUCUGAUCAUUUCAAGAAUUGUUUGCUUAAAAAUCACAGCGAACGCUGCACUGAAUUCACACAAAUGUGACAUCUGGAAAGCAUUUCUACUUUGUUAAUUCCUUGUGCUUUACUAACACUGUUUUUAUUGUUGUUUAAGGAGAACUAAUGACAAUGUUCAUGUUUUCUGAAUGUGAAGUCAAUGAAUAGUUUUAUUUUUGAUUGACAUACUGACUGAUCUAUAUAUUUAGACGAAGAGAGAGAAAUAGAAAGUGGGUAGUCCUUUUUCAGCAAACCUUUCCUUCUGUGAUUUAUGAGUUAAGCUAUCCUAAUGCUUUAGGUUAAAAUAUAUGAACCUGUCUUGUAAACACAAUACUAUACAUGUUCAAAUGUCCAUACACUGCAGAUUGUGAUACUAGCAAACUGUAUCAAAUGUACCAAUGUAGUCUUAAUUUAACAUUGGCAAAGUUCAAAGGACUUUUCAAGACAGUUAUUUUUAAUAAAUGGUUGAUGUAGAAACGCUGUAUUUAUCUUUUGUAAACGAUAUGCAAAAUGCUCCCUUUGUAAAGAUGUGUUAAACUAAAAUGGAUUAUUACAUUUCUGUAAUAAUCCAUUUUAGUUUUGUUGUCAGACACAGGAACAGCUCAUCUGGAACUUUAGUGAAUAUUUCACAGGAAGCUGUGUUGGCUCAAUGCAACCAUUUUCUUUUCUCUGCCUCCAUAACCUGCCAUUGAUCCUGGUGAAGCCAAACCAGACAAGGACAGCACCAGUUGCUGUUAAGCCAUCAGGUGAGGAUGAUACUAAACUUGGAUGGCAUUUUGACACAGGAACAAGUGGUUUAGAUGUAAUCCUGAUGUAAUCCUCUGUGAGUCCCUGCUCCCCUCCAUCUCUCUCUGUCUUCAUGUUUUUAUUGCUGAACCAACAGACAAUUAUACAUGCAACGUUUAAACGUUGCAACAUGGUCUUGACUACGUCAAGAAAGGCAGAUUAUUUUUGAAGAAAAACAAUACUUUUCGGCUUUUCGGCUUACUAUAGUACUAGUAGUACUAUGUAGUUUGAUGUUCUCAUGUGUAAACAUCAGCAUGUUAACAUACUUACCAAAGUAUAGAGGAGGUUGAUGGGCAUUUCCUUAUGACAGGAAUAUCAUAUCUUAACUUGAUGGUGGCACUAGAUAAAAAGUUAAUGCAUUACGGAAGUGAAAAUGUUUGUGUUUAAUCUUGGAAACCCGUAGCUGGUUAAAGGUUUCACACGAUACAUUUGGACCUUUUGAUGGCAACAGAGAUCAAGGGAUCAUCAAAGUCAUUAGGCUUCUCUUGAAAACAUGCAAAAGCGGUCUUUCGUUGCACAAAAAAUGUCAAGUCAGAGGAUCAUUAGAAUUCCUGAGGGUUAAAAUGGGCGUCCCACAGGCAGGAACUCCAAGAAGCAAAGGAUUCACUAAAAAUGCCUCAGAAAGAGUGGAUUGGAUGACCAUUGACCUUGCCAGGUCUAAUCUAUGCUAAUGCAUAGUGAUCAUUAGAAUUCUAGGUGAUGUUUGGGAGAAAUCCACAGUGGCUAAGAUGUCAUUUAUAUGGUUUAUGCGAAAGGAAGUUGGUUUUUUCCUGUUAAUAAUAGAUAAUGUCAUUCAUUUAAAGCCAGGAUGAGAUUAAUUGGUCUGAAGUGUCAGGAGAGGAGAGCAGAAGGUGUGAUACGGGAGAAUGUGAGGAGAGGUUGUCUUCUCCCCCUCGGUUGCCCUCGGGUCUCACGGGAUGUAACACUUCAGCCCAACUCCUGUCCAGUCAGAGUGACAGCUUUGUGAUGAGGUGCUAGGUAUGCUAAAAUAUGCCAAGCCGAUUGUACACAUCCUGUCAAACUGUCCCUUCAGAGACAUAUGAGAACGUACUUCACGGGGUCUAUACUUAUCCAGCGCACCAAU